CAUUCAAUUGACUGACCAUGAGAGGCUCUGUGGUUAACCUAUCUCAGCUAAAGAACUCGAUCCUUUUCCUCUAAGCCAAGAGACCAAUGGCAGCUAAGAUAUUAUCCUCACAUCCCCACCCUCUCACUUCUCUCUCUCUUCCUUCCUCCAACAGGGACUUCUUCACCCACCACCAUAAACCAUGGCUCCGACCUGCUUGGAAUCCCACAAGACCCAAGAGGCUACUACUUCGUGUCUCUCUCCAGGACCCACAUGUCUUAUCUUCUUCUUCUUCUGCUCUUGUGGAGCAGCUUCACCACCUCUACCACCAUAACCCAUCCUCGCUCAUAUUACUUGCAGAUACAGCAAGUUAUUCCUUGGCUAGCUACUAUACUUCAUUGGGUCUCUUUGUCAUCUCAGUUCCUGGCCUAUGGUCCCUCAUCAAGCGCUCUGUCAAGUCCAAGAUUGUGCAGAAGACGUUUAUAGGUGAAGGAGAAGGGAAAAAGGCACCUAAUUUUGUCGCAGGAGAAAUCCUAUCUUUCUUCACCCGCAACAAUUUUGUGGUGACUGAUAGAGGAGAGACCAUUACAUUUGAAGGCAUGAUGGUUCCAAGCCGAGGCCAAGCAGCAUUGCUAACUUUCUGCACCUGCAUCAGCAUGGCAAGCGUGGCACUUGUUCUCACAAUAACUGUUCCUGAUUUUGGCAAUAAUUGGUUCUGGCUUACGAUCCUAAGUCCAUUGGCAGGAGCUUAUUACUGGAAACGAGCAUCAAGAAAGGAGCAAAUCAAGGUUAAAUUGAUGGUUGCAGAAGAUGGGACCCUUUCAGAGAUCGUCGUUCAAGGAGAUGACCAGCAAGUAGAGCAGAUGAGAAAGGAGCUUCAGCUGAGUGAAAAAGGCAUGGUGUAUGUCAAGGGCAUCUUCGAGAGAUGACCGAUAUUUCUUUUACUAGAAAAAAAUAGAUUGUAAACGAAACACCCACACAGAAUUGGCUCGAGCUGUACCAUUAGAAUUUGACCUGUACCUUUGUGCUCAAACAAUUCAAAGUAUCACUCACAGAUAAGAGGUCAUGGCAUGAGGUUUCUUAAAAACAAUAAGUGAUAUUUAUUAAAAUUAAAUUUUAUGAGUUGUAGAGAAAUGAAUCGUGUGUUUGCAGUGCAGCAUUACAUGGGAACAUAACCUGAUUGUCAACCCCUUACCCUAUCCACUCCCCUAUCCAAACCACAGACACACAGCACCAUAAUUCAUUACCAUAACAUCACAGCAGACCUAAAAUAACAAUUUCAUAGUUGCUUCCUCAAAUUGUGAAGUUUCAAAACCAUCAAAGCUCAAAGGCUAGGGAAAUUAUUGAGAGUUCAGAGUGACACCAACAGUAGCAGUUUACAAAACUCAAGUUACAUAAACAUUUCUAAACAUGCCCAACAACGAUGGGCUGAAAUCCAACAUUUCUGCAACAAAUCUUCGACAUUAUCUGAUUAAAUUAAAUGAUAUUGGGAUCUCAAAUAACUGCAGUUUGCUAGAGAGCAGUUUAUGAUUCUCAACCAACCAUCAACUUGU